AUGUCCAUAAAGAAUUUCAAAUCUACCCACACAUACGAUCAACAUGGAACAAAUGCUGGCAACUCAAGGGUAUCAAGGAAGUUCAUUACUGGCCAAAUACAAGCUGUUUUGAAGGUUAGGCCAGAUCUUCGUGCAGUUGAUAUCAAGAAUGGCAUGCACUCCAAUUUUGGCAUCAAGAUUAACUAUAGUAAAGCAUGGUGGGGUAAGGAGAUAGGUCAACAGGACCUGUUCGGUAAUGAUGAUGAAGCUUACGAUUCACUAAGAUGGUAUGAAUCCGUGGUGUAUGCAACUAAUCCAGGGAGUCGUGUUGUUAUUAAUGUUGAUGGCGGGAGGUUUAAACAAUUGUUCAUUAGUUAUAAUGCCUGUAUUGAAGGGUUCAUUACUGGGUGUAGGCCGCUAUUAUUUUUGAAUGGAACAUUUAUUAAAGAUUGCUACAGAGGCAUACUACUUAGUGCCACUGGAGCAAAUCCUUACCAACCUCCACAUCGACUGGUAAUGAUUUUCGAUGCUGACAAGGGUAUUAGGGCAGCAGUCGAGGAACUAUUUCCAGAUGCAUUCUAUUCAAGGUGUGUUCUGCAUCUAAUCGAGAAUUUCAAAAAGAAGAUGAAGGAUUUUGGGCACAAGGCAAAUGUCACCACUACGUUGGGUGAGCUGUUACAAUCUGGGGUUUAUAAGUUCAUAAUUUCUGAAUGGGAUGAUGACAUGAAAGAAUUGGCAGCGAUCGAUCACAGGGCUUACGUCACUGCAAUGGAAUACUCCCCGGAGAGAUGGGAAAACAUGCAUUUUCCUAGUAUAAGGUAUGGCAAUGUUACUUCAAACGAUGUUGAGUCCUUUAACAGCUGGAUAAGAAAGGAAUGA